AUGUCCAUUCUCGGCGCGGACCCGGAGAAGGAGUAUCACCGCUUCUCGAACCGCACGGAAACCAUGAAGGAGAAUAACUACCAGAUAAACUACUACGGCGGAGCCGUGCUCACACAGCCGAUUAAUCUCUACAUCAUCUACUACGGCACGUGGUAUCAGUCGGAAGUGAACAUCGUGGAGAAUUUCAUCAAGUCGAUUUCUUCAACUUCCUACACCUCGUUCCUGUGCCUUCCCUCGUCCCCGCCGUGUCACCUUCAGAAAUUCGCGACAGUGCGCGGAUGGUGGAAGAUGAUCUCAUCGCGCUACUACCAGGUAUCCAACGGCAAAUACUACUACAUCACUCCCAAGGUGAAUUUGGCCGGCACAGCCUACGAUAAAUACACAAGCUCGAGCAUCAUUGGAGGUAAGGUAGCAUUCAGCAUUGGAUGCUGUGGCAGCACGGCCAUGUGA